UUGUUUUGAAUGUACGUACCAGUCUACGCGACGCGCUAAACAUGGCGGAUAUUGAGGGAGACGACAUUCGCCCUACUCCUCCGUCUGUAGUACCCGUAGCGUCCCGAAAUGGAUCUGGUGUCGGUUCGGCAAGCGGUUCUGGAAGUCAGACACCCACUACAGUGACGGCGGGUCCGCGUAUUGUUAGAAUUGUCAAGUCAGAAUCCGGCUAUGGAUUUAACGUCCGUGGUCAAGUUAGCGAAGGAGGGCAACUGCGGAGUAUUAACGGGGAAUUGUACGCACCUCUUCAGCAUGUCAGUGCCGUGUUACCCGGCGGUGCGGCGGACCGAGCAGGAAUAUCGAAAGGAGACAGAAUUCUGGAGGUGAACGGCGUAAGUGUGGAGGGCGCCACCCAUAAGCAGGUGGUGGACCUGAUCCGGGCAGGAGAGAAGGAGCUAGUGCUUGCUGUGCUGUCUGUGCCACCACAGGAAGUGGACGGCCUCGACCCCGGAGAGGAUGGCUCGUGCCCACCCAGCUAUGACUACAGUGACAAGCAGGCAGUACCCAUCUCCAUCCCCUCUUACAAGCAUGUGGAACAACAUGGGGAAAGAUUUGUGGUGUACAAUGUCAACAUGUCUGGCAGACAGCUGUGCUCAAAGCGCUACAGAGAGUUUGCCAUCCUGCACCACAACCUGAAGAGAGAGUUUGCCACCUUCUCCUUCCCUAAGCUGCCAGGGAAAUGGCCCUUCUCACUGUCUGAGCAACAGCUAGAUGCCCGCAGGAGAGGACUGGAGGAAUACCUGGAGAGGGUGUGCUCAGUAAGGGUCAUUGGAGAAAGUGAUGUUAUGCAAGAGUUCCUAUCUGAGUCUGAUGAGAACUAUAAUGGCGUAACCGAUGUGGAGUUGCGAAUAGCACUCCCUGAUAAAACAACUGUUUCUGUGAGAGUGCGUAAGAACAGCACCACUGACCAAGUGUACCAGGCUUUAGUGUUGAAGGUUGGCAUGGACAGCAUCAUGGCCAGUUACUUUGCUCUCUUUGAGGUGAUCAACCACUCUUUUGUGCGCAAAUUAGCCCCCAACGAGUUCCCGCACAAGCUAUAUGUGCAGAACUACACGUCAGCGGUGCCAGGAACCUGCCUGGCUCUGCGCAAGUGGCUCUUCAGCAAUCAGGAGCAAGAGCUGCUUCAUGACCACCCCUUGGCUCUGCACUACUGUUUCCAUCAGGCUCAGGAUGAUGUGAAGAAGGGAUUCAUCAAAGCAGAGGAUAAGUCCUACCAGCUUCAGAAGCUGGCAGAGCAGAGGAAAAUGGCAACAUAUCUGAGUCUGCUGCGCACGUGUGAGGGCUAUAAUGAGAUGAUGUUCCCUCAUUGCUCAUGUGAUUCACGGAGGAAAGGACACGUGAUGGCAGCUAUCAGUAUCCACCACUUCAAGUUGCAUGCUUGCACUGAGGAUGGCACACUGGAGAAUCAGGUUAUAGCAUUCGAAUGGUCUGAGAUGCAGAGGUGGGAUACUGAUGAGGAGGGCAUGGCUUUCUGCUUUGAGUAUGUUCGAGGAGAGAAAAAACCCCGCUGGGUUAAAAUCUUCACUCCUUAUUUCAACUACAUGCAUGAGUGCUUCGAGAGGAUUUUCUGUGAACUGAAAUGGCGGAAAGAGGUAGAAGCUGAGGCCUCUGACAAGGACAACAAGAAUUGCAGUAACAAUGAGUACCUCUCUCCUCUGGAACAACAAAAGGGAUGGCGCCACCUAGGAGGCGAGAUUGCCACCUCAUAAGAGGCCUGUCCUCUGGAGAUCAGCAUAAACUGAGCUGGACCAUCAUAGUAGAGCAAACCAUCAUAACAACCAUGUUACCACGGUAACACUUCAGCAGCACCAUAACAACCAUAUUAUUAGGAAGACAAAAUGGGCUCCUUUCAACUACAGAGGGCCCCGUUGGUCUGCCACGUCACCUUGACAGCUGAGAAUGCCCUUAUUACCAUGGUGACAGACUCAUAGCUAAGCUAGGGCCAUUUCACUGCAAAUGGACAGCAGCAAACGGAUCUGUGGUCAUGUCAUCAGUAGAUAUGUUCACCUCAUCACCUGAACAUAAACACAAAAAAGGAAUAUGACAGCCUAAGAUCUUCUGGGCCGUUGGUUGUGGAGCGGGGUCCCCUUUUCCUGUUGGCUAACGCUACUGCCGCAUAAGCCACCCGUGGUUGAAGAAGGGCCGGUGUCAUCAUUUGUCAUCAUUGCAGCAUAGUGACAAGCAACUGCUUUUGAUUGGUUGUUUGGGCAAGUAAAUCAAUGUGACUGAUCAGAGCCAGCAUGUAUGUUUGGGUUUUAGGAGUACUUUAAGAAGCUGGCUGAUGUAAAGGCUGAAGAUGUGAGUAGUGAGUAGAGGCAGGGGAUUUAAGGUAAUAACUAAAUAUUAACACUGAUUGGAAGCAUCUAAACUCAAGGAGAUUUUGCUAAUGUUGGACUCAGUUAAGUGCUUUGGAGCUUUAUCCUUGAAGGUAGUCUUAGCUGACCACUCAGAUUCAAACUGAAGAUGUAUUUUGUUUGUUUGUUUUUAAACAAAAUUGCUUAAUGGUGUCAUGGUAGUUCAUCAUUAAUAUCGCUGGCUAAACAGAUAACACUGAGGCUUGUUGGAAAAUGCUUGGGAAGGUGCUUGCUAGCUGUUAGGAUUUCACUUUAAUUUAGUGUGUCCCUUUGUGAGGUGCUUGUUUAAUUUACAAUAAUGAUAAUUUGCAAUAAGGACAAAAAAAAAGUCUGGCUAGAUAGACCACUGCUUUGAGGCUUUUUAGAACAACCCAUGGAAUACAAGAUAAAAGUUUGAGAGGGAAGGGUUUGUGUGCACGCACGUGUGUGUGCGAGUGCACGUGUGUAAUUAUGUAUUUGUGGUCCCAGAUGUCCAGUGAACAUAGUGUGUGAAUGCUGCUCCAUAAACAGGGUGCCUGUUUCUUCAACUGUUGACUAGAUUUUGUUGGCAAUAAUAUGCAUGCAGAACAACAGUGUGCGUGAAGAUGGUGAGCGGCAGGAAUUGGUGUUUGUGUACAUUCAGGUGCAGUUUUAAUGUCUUCCUAUAGGGGACAGUAGUGCUACAUACAAGUGAAGUUUUUUUCUCAGAAAAGACGUGAAACGUGAGGAAUAGAAAGAGAGUAGUGUUGUGUUUGUGGUUUAAUUGUAUUUUGCAAAUGUGUGUGUGCGCAUGUGAGAGAGUUAGUUGGUGAGUCUCAGCUUUAACUAUUGAGUGGUUAAAGUGUGGUCUUCCAGGCUGUUUAGAACAAUGGCUCCCUGGGGAUAGGUAACUCACCCAUUGAGCAAUGAAUUCAAUAUAUAAACUGUUGAAAGGGGAGCAAGAGAGAGAGAAAGGAAAGGAGAAUGUUCUGAAUAUAAGAUAUAUCUUUUAUUAUUUACAUUUCUUAGGCUGGACAUGGGAAUCUAGAAGAGAAGCAUUUAGAAACUUGAACAUUUCAAGGUGUUUGCCUAGUAGGUGUGUUCUACCUUUCUGGAUUAUUCUCCCUCUUCCUUCCUAGCAGUUCACUGAACCUUUUUGGAGUGCAUCAGGUGCUCAGUGUUUGCGUGAAUUUUAUUGUGCUUUCAGCUCAUUAAAAGGGCAAAAAUAGCAGUCAGUCUGAACUCUUCAACUUGCGUCUCCACACCUACUCAAGUCAUUUGGAAGACCCAUUAACAGCUCAGUGCUAAUACCGUUCUACCUGGUGUGUGCGUGUGCGUGUGCGUGGGUGUCCAUGCACACUACACUAUUUGCUCAGAAAAUAUCCUCCUGUUGCCUUGGCAGCAUAAUCUCAUGGAUGUAUGUUUUGUUCUUUGUAUUUACAAAACUAACUGCUUGCCUCUACUGCUAAGUCAAGCUAAACAUCAUGUUGUGCUGAAGACCUGUUCAGUUUUGUCAUAACACAAACGAGGAGUGAGUAGGCCUAUAUUUUACAUUGUGAGUAUGCUGUCUGUAAUUGUCAAAUGUUCAUAGGAGAGACAAACUUCUGUCAUUUUGUUAAAAUGAUUAUGAAGUGUCAAACAACAAAAAAAAAAUAUCUUGGGACAUAUUUAUUACCAUAUGAAAUAUUAACCAGUGCCGUCAUGUUUCUGUGGCCAGUGGGGUUUUGUUUUUUGUUUUUUUUUGGGGGGGGGGGGGGGGGGUUGUUUGUUUUUUUUGUGGCUGUUUUUUGUUUGUUUUUUUGUUUGUUUUUCUCUUGACUGAAAUGUGUGAGGAGCAUAUGAAUGUACUGGAAUGCAUUUGCAAGGCAAGUGUUCCUCCUUUCCUUUCUCCACUAUGAAGCAGCGUCGCUCUCACAGCUGAAACAUGGACCUGACAUCCAGGCCUCUAGGACCACAGUAGGCUGUUGAUGGAGGAUUUGGCAUUGACCGGAAUCUGACAGAGUUGCUAAUCCUUUGCAAUGUGGGAUUUUAUGUCUUGCUCAUUUCUUUAGUUCUGUGAACCAAGAGUACAUUUUGUCAAGUUAAUGUGCAGGUUGAAUCAGAAAACACAUUUGUCCUUGUUUAUUACUUGUAAAUGCAUUGCUUGUGUGUUGCUUUGACAAAGCAUUUGCUGUAGCCUUUGACUGAAAUCAUUAAUUUAUUAUUGUUUUUUCCCCAUUAAAUCAAGGGUUUUGAAAAGAAGCCUAGUCACACUAGGGGUAGCCUUGUGAAGUAAGGCUCUUUUAGGGCUUAGGAGGGCUUGGGUGGGAAGAGAUCUAAUUUAUUAGUGAUGACAAGCAGUGAUGCUUUGUUUCAUAUAGCCUAAUUACAAAUUAACAACCGAUAUCGGUAAAUGAUAGUUUUGUAUCUAAAAUGGGUUUCAACUAACCAAUGAAAUAAAAGCUCAAGUUUGGAAAAUGUCAUGUAGACUUAAACAUUGUAACAUAUUUUAAAUAAAAUGAUCUAUUGAUGAA